GGAUAAUUCACUGUCAUAUAGUCGACAAUGAACGAAGGUAUUUUUGAUGAGAUUCUUAAUCUCGAAGAAAACUACUAUCGAGAAGGAUAUUGCCUAGGCGUCGAAGAUGGUGAACGAGCUGGUAGAAUCGAGGGACGAACAUUUGGCCUAGAAAAAGGAUUUGAGAAAUUCUUCGAGAUGGGGAGGUUACACGGAAAGUCUCAAAUUUGGAACAAACGUCUGCCUAUGGCCUAUCCUAAGAAGGCAGAAGGCGGUGAAGCCGAAAGUCAUGAGCUGACACUAUUGCCUGAUAAUGAACGGUUGGCCAAGCAUAUUCGGACGCUGGAUUCGCUAACGGACUUGGAAUCACUUUCAACGGAGAAUAAUGAAGACUCUGUUUCCGAUUUUGAUGACCGACUCAAUCGCGCCAUUGCGAAAAUCAAGGUUAUCGAAAACAUUAUUGGCGAUCGUUCUUCUCAUCUCAACCAGUCCGAACCCCACAUAAAAACGAGACGUGCUGGUAUCAAGCUUUCAAGAGACGCAAUCUCGAAUGAGAAAAACAUCGAAGACAUUGGCUUCAGGAUUAGGUGACAGCCUAUUCUUGCGUACUUGACGUCUUUUGGUAUCUGAGUCCUUCUAAGUACGGAUUCUUCUACCAGAUGCAAUGCAUGACGCGGUUCCAUUUCUAGAAGUGCCACCAUAGCCGUUUUCUCUUAAAUGAUUAAGUUACACGUAGGGAUUAGCACUCAAAGGCAUCAUCUACAACAAAAAAUUCGACCAGCUAGACGAAUGUACCUAUCCAGUACGAACUAGAAGAAAUAGGAUGGCAGCAGUUCCAAAAGGCAGCACUCUACGUUGCGAGAGUAGCUUCAAUGCUUGAAAACAUAUUCUGCUCACUACGACAAGGCAUUUAGAUUUACAUCCUCAACACGCCACAUGUACCACAUGAAUAUGCUUCUGUAAAUGUUGUCAGCCAUGUCGUUAUUGAGUUCAAGGAAGCAAUACAACCUACCGAAAGGGUGAAAAUGGCGCAGCUAUACUGAGCAUCUCUGCCUCAGUCAUAUAUUUCCACUUGC